GUCAACGACGUCAGUCGCCCCCUAUACCCCCUAAAGUUCGCCAAAAUGAAGAUCCAGUAUAUCGGAAUCCUACAGAAUGCCCAGCAGCCGGCAGUGGAGCUGUGUGCGGAGCGUGAGCUCACCAGCUACUCGCGCUUCACUAGGGGUAGCAUCAGCGAAUUCAUGACCAUGUUCAGUAAGACGGUGGCCGAGAGAACAAAGCAAGGCCAGAGACAAGAUAUCCAGGAGCAAGAUUUCACAUUCCACGUGUAUGCGCGGACCCAAGGCAUCGCCGGCGUCAUCAUCAGCGACAAUGAAUAUCCCUCCCUCGCUGCCCAUCAGAUCCUGUCCAAGGUCCUCGAUGAAUUUCUUUCCCUCCACCCCAACGCGGGCACCGCCACUCAGCCCAUCACCUUCCCCUCGCUCAAGACAUACAUCACCGCCUACCAGGAUCCGCACCAGGUGGACAGCAUUAUGAAGAUCCAGAAGGAGCUGGAUGAGACCAAGAUUGUUCUUCACAAGACCAUCGAGAGCGUCUUGGAGCGCGGAGAGAAGAUCGAUGACCUUGUUAAUAAGAGUGAAGGUUUGUCCUCGCAAUCCAAGAUGUUCUACACCUCUGCCAAGAAGCAGAAUAGCUGUUGCAUCCUUAUGUAAGAGAUAUCCCAUAGGGGCGGACACAGAAGACCUCGGUAUCAUCGUGAACCCCUCCCUGAAGGGGGGUUUCGGUGUCUUGACUGCUUAAUUUCAUUGUGUUCGGAGCGUUUUCAUUCUUUAUUGCAGCUAUAGUUGGCAUUUGCCUUUAGUUUUGAUACAGCACAUGGAGCAAGCAUCACGGAGAAAUCAUUUCUUUCAAUUUCAGACUGUCACUCACUCUUAGAGGCAGAAGAAGGGGUGUUGUUGAUCUGGCUUUUGUGACUUGGGGCGCCGUGAUACAUUGGUAGAGACCUACUAUCUACUGAGUCACCACUGUAACAAAGAAUAAGAACAAAACUUGUUUUUCUCCCCUCGAUGCGUCGGCCUGAAACCAGGCACGAUGACAAGUCAGUGUGUGAGCUGUCCGACCGUCAGGAACAGGGCGUACACCGAUCUUUUAUCAGCUUAUCAUCUGUUCGAGUGGAGCCCUGGUGCAUAGAGUCCGCUCCGCUAGUGAUGAAAUUUGCAAAUUGUUACAAACCACGUUGACACACCGGUUGAGGAGUG